UUUACGGUUGGAGACUCAUCUUUGGAGGCAUAUUCUCUUUCAUUACUUUCUCCCCUGAUCCGCAGUGUUUGUUGAGCGUCUGCCCGACUGGACCUGCUUCAUCAUGGCCGUCUGAAUUCAGAUCCGAAUCCCAGUCUUUUCUCAAUCAUCCAUCCCGAUCGCAGUGGGAAUCGUUUCUUUGGGAUAUUACUUCAUUUGUGCCAAUGUUCAAACAUGCAGCCUCCGCCAAGAAAGGUAAAAGUGACACAGGAACUGAAGAACACGCAUACGGAGCAGCUCGGCCGCCUGCACCUCAAACACCAGACGGAAUGUGAUUUAUUGGAAGAUAUGAGAACCUACAGCCAGAAAAAGGCCACUCUGGAGAGAGAUUACGCGCAGGCCCUGCAGAAGUUGGCGAGUCAGUAUUUAAAGAGGGACUGGCCUGGGAUCAAACCAGAUGACCGGAGGACAGACUACAGGAAUGUUUAUGGAGUGUGGCGGGCUUAUCUUGAAGGCACCGUGCAGGUGACCCAGUCUCGACUCAACGUCUGCGAGAACUACAAGAACGAGAUUUCAGACCCCGCCAAAACCUUACGCCUCUACAAAGAACAGCAGCUGAAAAGGUGCAUUGAGCAGUUGGGUCGGAUCCAGGCAGAGCUCCAGGAUUCAGUGAAGGAUCUGGCCAAGUCCAAAAAGAAAUACUUUGAGCUGGAGCAGAUGGCCCAGGCUGUGCGGGAAAAGGCCGACAUUGAGUCCAAGUCGAAGCUGGGUCUGUUCCAGUCUAGGAUAAGUUUACAGAAGGCCAGUGUGAAGUUGAAAGCGAAGAGGAGCGAUUGUAACUCCAAAGCGACCCAUGCGAGGAACGAAUAUCUUCUCACAUUGGCGGCUGCUAACGCACAUCACGACCGCUAUUACCAGACCGACCUGGCCAACUGCAUCAAGGGUCUGGAGGGGAACGUAUACGACCAUGUGAAGGAUUAUCUGAUAUCCUUUUGUCGGACCGAGCUGGAAGCGUUUCAAGCUGUCCACAGCACCUUCCAGUUCCUGCUGGAGAAGUCCAGUCGAGUGAUGCAGGACUUCAACCAGCAGCUGUUCCUGCAGGAGAACCCAGUGUUUCACAAAGCACAAGACUUCCAGUUCCAGCCCAGCGACAGCGAUAUGACUCUGAGCUCUGUGCAGCAGUUGGUGGACAUUGAGCCAUCGACGGUCAGUGUGAUGAGAAUGACUCUGGCGCAGAGUCGACAGCUGGAAUCGGAGACAGGAACCACCGAAGAACACAGUCUCAACAAAGAGGCGAGGAAAUGGGCCACACGUGUGGCCCGCGAACACAAAAACAUCAUCCAUUACAAACGGGCUCUAGAGGAAUGCGAGACACUCGGGACUCUGCCCACGGAACAGAGCCGGAAUGAGCUGGAAUUCCGAAUAGAGGAGGCCAAGGAGAGCAUCCGCAAAGCAGAGACGAUAAAGCUGAAAGCAGAAGUGCGUCUGGACCUCCUGCGGCAGGUGGGUGUUUCUGUGGACACAUGGUUGAAGAGCGCCAUGAACCAGGUGAUGGAAGAGCUGGAGAACGAGCGCUGGGCGUCGCUGCCCACCCUCACCACCCACGACCUCUCUCUCUCAACCACGGUGGAAUUGGACAGAGAGGAAGGAGAAGAAUUAGAAGAGAACAUGGAGACGUACGACGACAGCAGCUCGAGUCCGUCAGGAACCCUGAGGAACUACCCGCUCACCUGCAAGGUGCUCUACUCAUACAAGGCCUCUCAGCCCGAUGAACUAACCAUUGAUGAGCAUGAGAUGUUGGAGGUUAUAGAAGAUGGAGACAUGGAGGACUGGGUGAAGGCGCGGAAUAAGUCCGGUCAGGUGGGCUACGUCCCAGAGAAGUACCUGCAGUUCCCCACGUCCAACAGCGUACUGAGCAUGCUCCAGUCCCUCGCUGCUCUGGACGCACGCUCACACUCCUCCAGCAACUCCACUGAGCCUGAGCUGGCAUCAGGCAGCUUCAACGGAGACAGCAGCAUGAGUUUUGUCAAGGCCAUGUAUGACUACGAGGGUCAGACGGAUGACGAGCUGUCAUUCCCUGAGGGAGCCAUCAUCCGCAUCCUCAACAAGGACAACCAGGAGGACGACGGCUUCUGGGAGGGCGAGUUUAACGGUCGAGUGGGCGUCUUUCCGUCCGUGCUGGUGGAGGACCUGACUGCCUCAGAGAACGGAGACUCUCACUGGGGAACAGACACACAGGUGUCCCCGUGCCAAAGGCUUCAUUCAUCACUUCCUCCUCUGCCGCUGUACGACCAGCCGCCCUGCAGUCCGUACACGAGCCCCGAGACCCGCUCACCGUCUGUCAACGGAGAACACAAACUGCCCAUCCCGCAGAAAGCCGCCGGUCAUAAUCACAAUUCCAGCUUAAGCCCAGAGAGCCCAGGCUUCUCCCAGCCGCUGAGACUCACUCCGGACGGAUCCGGCUCUGGAAAACUCAGACCUGUUCGGGCGGCACCUCCUCCUCCAAAGCAGCACGCGCGCAGACAGGUGGAGAAAACCGAAGAGGUGGAGAUUACGCUGGUGUAGAGCUCCGCCCUAGUGGACUGAGAACAAACCCCAUCUGACCCCUCACGGAUGCCCUAUGAGCAUCCUUAGAUCCCCGAGGGGGCGGAGAACAGCAUCUCAAAGGCAUCCCUUUUUCAUAAAAUACAAACACCUCUUUUGGCGUCAGAGACUGUUUGGUGCCUUAAACCGCUUUCAUGCCAAACUCUAAUCCUUGUAUUCGUAAUGACUUUAUCGUGCAACGGGGACUUGUUUAAAACUUUGUUAAUUCACUCAAUGGCAGUUCAGUUUUGCAAAAUCAUGGUUGAUGUGUAAGCGUGCAUCUAAAAACACAGAAAGGAAUCGAAUACAAGGGUUUAGCAAGAGUUUCAAAAGAGGCUACACUUGCACAUCCAUCUCUUCAGUGGCUUUUGAAGAGCCAAACAUGCAAUACUAGGAAUUCUGGGAUGUGAAAAAGGGGUCAGCCACGGAUAGUCCUACCAUUUACGUAUUUCAUAUGUAAUAGCACAGUACAUUACUGUCGUCAUAGGAAUGUUAUAUUCACGUUAAACAUUACAGAUCAUAAUGGAGAAAGGGAACUGUACAUAAAAGGCUACAAGGAAAAAGAGCGGUAGAGGAAAUAGAGGAGAACGAGGGUUAAAAAGAGAGGAAGGCUGGUUACUUCGCUCUUUUUUUGUUUGUUUUUCAUCGGUUUAGCUUCUUUCUGUCUUGUGUUGGUCCGGAAAAAUAAAAGUACUAACUACAUAGCUAUAUCCUUUUUCUCAGCUUUUCAUUAAGAAGACCAGUGUUUGCAUGUAUUACUAAUAUUUAGUCCUCAGAAAGGCGUGCGAGAGCGAUCUAAAGAUGUGUCUCUGAGCCGGGGACGGAGAAUAUUCUGCGUCUGUAAUCAUGGAAAUAUACUGAUCAGUAUACAAGUAUCAGUUAAAGUGCUUUUCCAGCCUAACGCAUUUCUCAUUGUCAUGUGUCGGCACUGCAGAGGACUGAACGGAUGUGUUGUGUUUCUUUUAUGGCAGUGUUUAGGAUGAAUGUGAUGGGAAAGAUUCCCUCCAACAAGCACAGAAAAGGUGGAUCAUCAUGGGGAUUUUUCAUUUUAAUUAUUGCCAAUGAACGCAAACCUAUUAUCGUGUCCUAAGUGCAUUUCCUCCCUACAAGGGGGCAGCUAUGUUUUUUUUUUUUUUUUCUUUUUUGCAGUUGAAGAGACAUUUGAUCUUAAAUAAGCAAUGCCUGUUAUGUUUCAUUUUCAUUCAUUUCCACAGUAUUUUCAUGCAUAUCUUGAACGUUUUCUGAAGUUUCAGUGCUUUGACCCCUCAAUUUGAACUUUUUUUUUAAUGUCCGUGUAUCCCAGCUGCCUCUUUUGGACGAUGAAGCUGCCCAGCGUCGUGUUAUUGAUCUCGUUAGAGAAUGACUGAUUGUAGUUUUCCCAUAACGUUUGAAAGAGAACAGAGUUAUGUUGAUUCCAUAAUAUAGACAGUGGAAAGAAUAAAAAAAAUCCAUUUUGUGAAAUGGUACCAUAGUUCUGUUAAGCAGGAACAGGGUCAUCACCAAAAGUACGUGUGCGAGACGUGAGAGGGAAAAAAAACAAGUUUUUUUAAUCCGAGCGGAAGAUGUUUGAGUAUCUUCCCUUUGUUUCUAUUUUCCUGUCACAACCUAUUUUCUUGUUGAUCUCAUUGAGAUCUUUUGAAUGUUAUCAAACUUGUUUUGAAGUUUAUGGUUAGAGGUUAAAGCCCAUUGUGUCAAAAACUGUUCUCACCUACGAAACGAAUGCAAAUUUUGAUAUUUUAAUUUGCAUUUUUUAAAAUUGCGCUCCCAGUUUUCUCGGCCAGUUUCAACUCUUUGGAGCUUCUUCAAUAGCAUUAGCUGCAUAUUCUAGUUGUUUUUAUUUCUAAAGUGAUUUUAUAUGCAUUUAUUAAAAUUUGAAGGUGAUUCCGAGCUGCUAGACAAAAAACAGAUGGAAUAACAACAAUUGACUGUUGCUGCAGUGACAAUAUCAGAGAACAGGUGAAAAAUAUUCUUUCUGCAUAUUAUUAGCUGUAAAAUUAUUUGUAUUUAUUGUGUACAAAUGUUAAAUAAAAAAAUUGGGGAAAGUG